AAGAGAGAAAAAAAAAUGGAUAGAGAAUUUUCAAAUUCAUUAGUGUCAUCAUCUUCUCUAAGCACACCACUAGUUGAAGUUGCAGGCGAUGGAAAUGGAACAAACCCUACAAAUUGCCAUAAAUCGAAUCUCAAUAAAGAGAUUGUUCUUCAAGAAGUAAAGCGACAGUUAUGGCUAGCCGGACCUCUCAUUUCCGUCAGCCUCUUACAGUAUUCCUUACAACUCAUAUCCGUAAUGUUCGCCGGUCAUCUCGGAGAACUUUCUCUAUCCGGAUCUUCCAUGGCCACUUCUUUCUCCUCCGUCACCGGCUUCAGCUUACUGGCAGGAAUGGCUAGUGCAUUAGAUACGUUAUGUGGACAAUCAUACGGUGCAAAACAAUAUCAUAUGCUUGGUAUACUUAUGCAAAGAGCUAUAAUAGUUCUUACAAUUGUAAGCAUACCAUUAGCUGUUAUUUGGGCAAAUACUGGUUCGAUUCUUCUUUUAUUAGGUCAAGAUCCUGAUAUAUCUAGAGAAGCUGGAAUCUAUGCUUGUUUUAUGAUACCAAGUAUAUUUGCUUAUGCACUUCUUCAACCACUUACUAAGUUCUUGCAGACACAGAACAUUGUUUUUCCUAUGAUGAUUACUGCUGGCAUUACUGCCUUAAUUCAUCUUCCAAUGUGUUGGGUUUUGGUUUUUAAAACCAGUCUUGGUGUUAGAGGAGCUGCCUUGGCUAAUUCUUUGUCUUAUUGGAUUAAUGUGUUGUUGUUGGCACUUUAUGUUAAGUUUUCUUCUUCUUGUGCUAAAACUUGGAAUGGAUUCUCUAAAGAUGCAUUGGAGAAUAUACCUAGUUUUGUUAAGCUUGCUAUCCCAUCUGCUGUCAUGGUUUGCUUGGAGAUGUGGUCAUUUGAAAUGAUGGUUCUGCUAUCUGGGCUUCUUCCAAAUCCUAAACUCGAGACUUCAGUGCUAUCUGUCUGCCUCAAUACUGCAGGAACUGUUUGGAUGAUUCCUCUUGGCCUUAGUAAUGCAGCCAGUACCCGUGUUUCCAAUGAAUUGGGAGCCGGGCAUUCAGAAGCAGCACGGUUAGCAGUGCAAGUAGUUUUGGGCAUGGCUGUGGCUGAAGGCAUCUUGAUAGGCGGUGUUUUGAUAGUGAUUCGUAAUAUUUGGGGAUUCGCAUACAGCAAUGAAAUCGAGGUUGUUCGAUAUGUUGCAAGAAUGAUGCCCAUUCUUGCAAUGUCGAAUUUCAUGGAUGGACUCCAAUGUGUUCUUUCAGGUACUAUCCGAGGAUGUGGGUUUCAGAAGAUCGGAGCAUUUGUCAAUCUAGGAUCAUAUUACCUAGUAGGAUUCCCGUGUGCUGUUCUAUUUGCGUUUGUUUUGCACAUUCGUGGAGAGGGCCUUUGGCUUGGGAUUCUAUGUGCACUUCUUGUACAAGUUUUGUGUCUCUUUGCAAUUGUUUUCAGCACAAAAUGGGAUCAAGAAGCUAGGAAAGCGAAAGAACGCGUAUAUGACUCGACUACAUUACCGGUUGAUUUAGUAUCAUGAAGAUUGAAGAUGUUGAUGUGGCCGAGGAAAGGAUUUCCUUAAACAUGAAGAUGGAAAGGUAAAAUUGAGAUUGCCACGGUAAUGGAGAUAUCUUUUGCAAUAAGAUAGUCAAAUGACAUUGUAAAAUUCUCUUCAAUCAUGUUACUUGGUCAAAACAUUAAAAAAUAUAAUAACAAA